UCAAAAUGGCAUCCGAGUGAUAUUUAGUUAGCUGUCACUACCAAUAUAAUGGAAGUAUCUUUGAAAAAAGACAAGCACUUACAGUGGCUUAGUGAAGAAAUGAAGUUGAAUUMUGAACAUGAAGAGUUGCUUGCUAAGAGGGAGAUGUUGCUCGUAAAUACGUCAGCUGUCUAUGAGAAAAAAGAAAAACAGCAAAAAGCUACAAAAGUUGAUUUCUUAAAAGCAAAAUCUAGGAAUGAUCAGCUUGUUGAGGUGGAGAGAAUCCAGGAAGGUCUAAGAAAAAAAGGGAACAGCUCAACGGGAGCAGCUUUCAUUGCAUUGAGGGUAAAAUGAUUGCCGAAUAUGAUUCUUUAUAAAGUAUGCAAUAUUAAUUACUACUUGAUGUGAUCCAUAUUUUUUCUAGCCUCCUUUGCAGACGUUGUUAGUAAUUUGGUC